AUGUCACCCUCAUCCACCAUCCACUCAGGCAACACAACCCCUACCCUCGUACCCUCAGACAUCGACGACGACGACCACUCCGUCGACACACAUGCCAAGGUCAAAGUAGCUAUCAUAGGCUCAGGCCUGGCAGGUCUCACAGCCGCGUACAAACUCAACACCCACCCCAGCAGGGCGUACGAGGUCCAUUUGUUCGAACAAGCAGCAGAGAUAGGCAUGGACUCUGCUUCUGUCAUUCUUCCCAUCCCUAUUUCCGACAACGGGGAAGUACGGACAGAACAAGUGCAUAUAGACGUGCCGAUGCGUUCUUUCCAAGGGGGUUACUACGCCCGUCUCAUGGCGCUCUACUCUGAGCUGGGGCUCAAGCCGGUCGCAAAGGACUUUUCCUAUUCCUUCAGCUACGUUUCGCCUCUUGCGCUGCUGCCUGCGGAAGGGGAGGGAGAGCAGGGGAGAGAAAGGCUACGCACAAAGCUGUUGCAUAAUGGUGCGAACGGGCGGCGCGGGCUCGGCCUGCCUGCGGAACUCCGAUUUCCAGAACUGAGGGCAUACGACCCCGAGUCCCUGCUCAAGUGGUCCCGGUGUGCGGCAUACAACCUCUCCCUCUUCGCGGCGACCUGCCUCUGGCUCUUGGUGCUCAACAUCUACAUCCUACUCCUCUCUUUCCCCCUUUUCCGGCCAGACCCGCACACUACCCUGAGGGAAUGGAGCGAGUCGGUGCGCCCCAGGAGCUGGCUCCUGCGCUGGACGGGAGCGGGAAAGCAGUGGGAUAACUUAAUGGACGAGAUUGUCGUUCCCCUCUUUUCUGCCGUCUGUACUUGCUCCACUGAGGACGUAUGGCGGUAUCCUGCUGAAGAGAUACUCGAGUACAUCUACCUCACUAUUGGCACGCACCACUAUACCGUCCCCGGCGGGUCGGCAGCCGUGAUUCGUGCGCUCACGACCACCCUCCCCAGCUCGCAGAUCCAUCUCUCGAGCGCGGUCGACUCGCUCUCCCACUCCUGGCGCUCGAGGCUCACAGCCCUCUGCACCUCGAGCGAAAGCCUAGGAGAGUACGAUCAUGUCAUCCUAGCCACCCAACCGUCCGUCGCCGCCCUUCUACUCGAGGGGCUCCUCUUCUCCGACUCCGAGGGAGGGGAGAUCCGCGCACUCAGGGAAACAGCGCUCUCCGUCCCCCAAGCAAGGGCAGAAGUCGUCACCCACACGUGGAACGGCCUACUUCCCUCUGACGAGGGAGACGAGCGAGACCUGAACCUAGUAACAUUCUCUGUUCUUCCUGGGAAAGGCCCCGCCCAAUCCGGAGCAGAAAAACAGCCCAUAAUGGCCACGCACGUCGUCCCCCUGCCUCACGGUACGCACCCAAGCCAACCAAGAGUGUUCCAAACAACGAACCCGCUCCCGCUGCGCUCACUCUCUAUCCCCGAGAAACACGUGCUCUCGCGUACGGUGUUUGCGAGGGCGUACGUGGAUGUGCGCUCGAAAGGUGCGCUGGAGCAGGACGUGCUGAAUGUGACGAGGAGUAAAUGGGCUCGGCAGGUGGAGAAUGGACGGGCGCAGGGUGGGGGAGGGGCGGGGGUAUGGCUAGUGGGCAGUUGGGUAGGAGGGGGGAUCCCCCUGCUCGAAGGGUGUGUGAAGAGUGCGGAACUGGUGGUGCGGGGGAUCACCACGCGCUCUGAUCAUGCGCGGGAGCGGCAGUGGGAGGGAGUAAAAGGCCAGGAGAGGAUGAAAGCUGGGCAAGUGACGUGGACUCUGGAGAAAGUACACCGUGCGGUGCGGGUAGGGUGGGAAGGGGCCAAGGUGGGGUGGUGGAUGGCGGAAGAUGUUGUAAGGCUUGGGUGGUGGACCUUGACAGAAGGUGAGGAGAGGGAGAAAUUGAAGGUAUUGUAA